AUGAAAUUUCUUUUCAAAGCUGGGCUAAACAGGAAUCUGACUGCGGCCCUGUUCUCCCUCUGUCUGGUCGAUGCGAUUCUGAUGUUUGGUGCAGUGAUAUUUCGGUCGAUCGAAGCCACUGGGAUGAUAGUGUUUGGGACGAAUUUAAUGUAUCAGCAUCAACGCGCUCUGAUCUUUGUACGGCUAGUCGUGUGGUCCAUGAUUACUUCAUCGACCCUGCUGGUCAUCUACAUCUCCCUCCAAAGAUGUCUCGUUGUGAUGAGACCAUUACGAUAUGCAAAUAAUCUGCAAGAGAGGAGUAGCAGAACCCAGAGAAGGAGCAACCCGACCGAUUCUUUCACUUCCGCUUUUUCCACCCGAAUUCCGCUCGGCGUUUCGGCUAUCGAUUUUCUUCGAGAAAUACAAUUUCGAAAGUUACUAAAACCUUACUUGGUCCCUGCAUUCAUAAUUCUCAGCUCCUGUCUUCUAAAUCUCCCUUCCUUCUUGGAAUUUGGUGUCUCUGAUUGUUGGGAUGAGGAUCAUCAACAACCCGCUCAACAUAUAUUUUACAAAGCUGACGACAAUAAGCUAAUCGGCACGACAGCGUUGAUAAAUAUGUUGACGCAAACUGUCCUACCAGCCAUCGUCAUCUCAAUUCUGACCGUUAUGACGGAAAUGAAGGUGCAGGAGAGUCUGAAGGAAAGGAGAAGACUUUUUGAAAGCCAACACCGUCGCCAAUCCAUCGUAUUAACCGAAGAAUUAAAGGAAAAAGUUUCUCGGACUGUCGCUAUAUUUAUUGCCGUUAAAUUCUUGAUAUUACGGACGAUGCCGGUCUUUUUCGAUAUUUGGGAGCUCAUUUUCGGCAUUAUGCCAUAUCAGGAUAUUUUGAUAAUUCCCUUCCGAAUAUCACAAUUCCUGAUCAUCCUCAACUCUGCUACAAAUACACUUGCGUAUUUUGGAAGGCAAAGAUGGCUGGAGAAAUUGUUGCGGCUCCGAAUGAUACGGCGGCAAGAGCGGCAAACCCUCCUCCACGACGCCAACAAACUUUCGGAAGUAGAAAUUCCA